AUGAGAACGACUCGAAACUGUUCAUUUCAUGUGAACUGCUUCAGAUGUAUAACAACUGAUGAUGACAACAAUAAAAACUCCAUGUUGAAUUUUAAAUCGACAAAAGCUACAUUUGGCUCGGCUCAUGCUGUGUUUUUGGAUGUACACAAAGAAAAGUUUUCAGUUAAACGGAAGAUCAUGUUAAGACUCUUCAGAGUUUGGGUUAAGAUGAAUAAACAUUUAACAAUGAACGUGAGCUGUCAAGAGAUGGCUCACAAACAAAGAAGAAGAAGAAAUGAAGCACAAGAAAGAAACGAUUUUGUUGAUUCUUCGAUGUUAAAUGUUGAUGUCAAUGAAUUUCAAGUUGAAAAUUUAGAUGAAAUAAGAGCUGAACUCUUCUUUAGACCUAAGUCUUCUUAUGUACAUAAAUGCCAUUUUUUACCCAAAGGAUUGGAAUUCAGAAAUUUUUAA